CUUUGAUUUGGUUCUACAAAGGUAUUGUCAUCUCGUCUUAUCCUGACUUUUGCUCAACGCAACCAUCUGUUCUGUCUCGUCUGGUACGGUCAGAAAUUCAAACACUCCUUUAGCUGUCGAAUAGUGCAAAACAAAAACGACGCUCCUUCACCAUGUUCUCCAAGUCGAUCCUUACGGCAGCUGCUCUUUUGGGCAUUUCGGCCGUCGAAGCACACAUGAUCAUGACUGAGCCCAUUCCCUAUGGAAAGGAUACUCUCAACAACUCGCCUCUGGCAGCCGAUGGCAGUGAUUUUCCUUGCAAGCUGCGCUCCAACACCUACGAGGUCAGCGAGUGGAAUACCGCCCAGAUCGGGGAGAGCAUGCCUUUGACCUUUGAGGGUUCCGCCACCCAUGGUGGUGGCUCCUGCCAAGUCAGUCUGACCACCGAUCUGCAGCCGACCAAGGACUCCGAAUGGAUGGUCAUCAAGUCUAUCGAGGGUGGCUGCCCCGCCAACGUGGACGGAAACCUUUCCGGUGGUGCUUCCAUGGCCGAUCCUACCAAGUUCAACUACACCAUUCCGGAAGGCAUUAGCCCCGGCAAGUACACGCUCGCCUGGACUUGGUUCAACCGCAUUGGAAACCGUGAGAUGUACAUGAACUGUGCACCCCUCGAGGUCCAGAGCGCUUCUUCUUCUAAGCGGUCCGAUGUUGAGGAAAAGCGCGAUGUUGAGAAGCGCUCUUCCACCUUCCCUCCCAUGUUUGUCGCCAACGUCAACGGCUGCACCACCUCCGAAGGUGUCGACAUCCGAUUCCCGCAGCCCGGUGACGACAUCCAAUACAACGGCGAGCCUAGCAACCUGGCUUCCGCUGGUGCCGCCGCCUGUACCGGUACUCCCACUUUUGCUGCCGCUGGUGACAGCAGCUCUGGCUCCAACUCUGGAUCUGGCUCCAGCUCUGGUUCCGGCUCUGGCUCCGCCAGCUCUUCGGCCGCUGCUGUUGUUACUUCUGCCCCAGCCGCCACCUACACUGCUCCUGCGGUUGCGAACACUCCUGCACCCAGCUCUGGCAGCAGCGGCUCCAGCUCUGGUGCUGGCUCCAACUCUGUCUCCAGCCCUCAACCCAGCUCCAGCUCCAGCGCAAGCUCCAGCUCCAGCUCCGGUGCGCUCUCUGGAUCUUGCAGUGUGGAGGGCCAAUGGAACUGCAUCAAUGGCUCCUCUUUCCAGCGCUGCGCCAACGGCCAGUGGACCCCUGCUCAGAAUGUGGCUGCUGGUACCCAGUGCACUGCUGGACAAAGCUCCAACUUGGCCAUUUCUGCCAUCAAGUUGAAGCCCCGUACCGUUAGGGAGGGCCGCGCCAGACGCCACGCUCACGGUGGACAUGUGCACGCUUAAACGUGGAUUGAUUGAAAAUGUGAUCCGGGUGGCUAGCCCAUACCGAUCGAGACUUACAUUCGUUUCCUUGCACAAGGCGUAGUGCUCGGACCCUUUUGAGAUUUCCUGUUUACCUUCUUGUACCAUUUGCAUUUUCAGUAGAGAGGAUCCCAAAUGAAAUUAACGUUGGCCAACGA